AUGAGGAACUAUCUUUUCGCCGUUUCCCUCGCAGCGGCUAACCUAUUCCUGGCAGCCAAGGCGGCCCCGAUUGGCGAGAGUCCAAUCGAUGGGGCUAGAUCAGGCGCAACCGCUUUGGUCGUCUUCGGUGACAGCUGGUCGGACACGGGCAAUGCCUUCAAGCUCACAAGUGGCACCUGGCCCCGUCCUCAAGCCUACUACCAGGGCCGCUUUUCCAACGGCCCUAUCUGGGUAGACUCUCUCGCCAGCCGACUCCACACGACCGCAAAGUCAUAUGCGUAUGGUGGUGCUACCAGUGACAACAACACGGUAAAAGGCUACACUGGUCCCGACUCGACAGUGCUGGUUCCCAGCGUCAACCAGCAGGUUGCACAAUAUGUGGACUGGUUGAACGCUGGGACACAGGCCGCGGACGGUUCUAAUGAACUCACGGCGGAAGUCAGGGAACACAAGCUGAAAGCGACACAUAUCUUCUGGGCCGGGGCGAACGAUAUCUUCUUCGCCACAUUUGGCGGUCUGAACAUCACCGCUACCCAAGUCGUGUCCAACAUCGUUGCCUCGAUCGAAAACAUCUACAACGCAGGCGGGCGGAGGUUCCUUGUGAACACGUUGCCCCAAUUGGACCUCCUCCCGUUCUUCCAAACGGAAGCGACCAAGGGUUAUGCGCCGGUCUUCGCCAAAUUCACCACGGAAUACAACGCGGCCUUGAAAAAGGAGUAUCUGAGGCUCUCGCGGCAGAGACGCUCGUUGAGCAUCAAGCUGUUUGAUGCGCAUGCUUUCCUGCCUACUGUGCACGCAGCGGAGCGCAAAGCCCAGUGUUUGAACACCACGACACUGGUUGCUUGCAAGAAUCCGGCCGAUUACCUCUACUGGGAUGAGUACCACUUCACGACUGCCACCCACGCUCGCGUUGCUGAGGCGAUUGCGAAGAAGAUCUAG